AUGGUGGAUCUAGGUGGUGGCCAGCUAGGGCAGGCUGCUGUGUUAGUUUUAACUUUAGGUUUCACUGACCUAGGGUUACGGGCUGGAACAUGGGAGGAGAAGAGUUUGAAUAAAUGGGCAACUGAUAGGAUUAAGGAGUUGCUUGUGUCUAUGGGGUCCCUGGAGUUCUCUGGUGGCCAAGCUGAAGUAUCAGAAGUGACUAAAUGCUCUGGAGAUACAUUCUUGGUCACUGUACAAAACAAAAACCGAGUUGGCUAUACCUAUGAGCUGACAUUAAAAGUGAAAGGAGAAUGGCUUGUUGGAGGGGGGAAGAAGAAGGUCAAAGGCCACAUAAAUGUAUUCGAGUUCUCCUUGGGCGAACUGGAUGAUUUGCAGAUUGACGUAAAAUUAGGUGAAGAUAAAGAUCUCUCACAACAAGUUAAUCAAAAGAUAAAUUUAAAU